GAGAGAGUGAGGUAAACAAAUGAGGGGAGGGGAGAGGAGGAGGAGAAAUGAAGAGUAAGGGAAGAAAGAAAAGAUGAGAAAGUUUAUGAAUGUAAUUAGAUUUACUGCUUUCUCUUCAUCCCAAUAUUAUUCUUCAAUCUCUCGUUUCAAACACUUCACUACCACUACCUAUUACAACAAAUUGAAAUUCGAUUCAGUAAGAACACUACUGAAAGUGAAGACCCUCCUCCAGCUUUCACUCUCUCCACGCGCCUUCCUUUUUCAAUCGCCUCUUCGUCUUACCUCUAACUACCUCCGUAAUUUCCGCUUUUCUGGUAGUUACGUGGUCAGUGGAAGCAUCUUAGGUGUGUCAAUUACAUCUGCAUCAAUUAUUGCUCAUGCCAUGGAUGUAGCUGGGGAUGCUUUGGUGGAUGAUCCUUGUAAUGACUCACAGGACGAUUCAGAGGAGGAAGAAAAUGUGCGCCACUUGUGGAAAUUGGCUAGGAAAUUUUGGCUUCCUAUUUUUUUCUUUCUUACAGUGUUGACAAACUUGGAUGAUCCAAUUGCAAUAUUAUUCAUAAAACUUACCUUGUUCCUCCUCACCACAAGGCCCAAUCCUUUCUCUGUCUAUGUUUUUGUUGAUCAGUUGUGCCAACAAUCUAUGCAUCAAGAAACUCGAUUUCUUAAGGUUAAGUCACUAUACGCCAGCAAAGUUGAAGUACAGGACUAUAAGCUUCUUUGCCUGGCUGCUGUUGAAGUAAGAGAUCAAAAGUUCACUUUGGUUGGAAUUCUUGGUAAUUGGUGGACUUUGCCUCAUUUACCAUCUUGGGAAGCAUUCUCUAUUGCUAGAAAUAGACUUGGAAGCAUCUUGGUGAAAACAAUUGAACAAGGUAAUCUGCUAAUUUAAAAUUAGCAGUCCUUCUAUGUUGAACUGAAGUGUCUGUCAUUUUAGCUUCAGGAUGGCAAAUAUGUCCCAUUGAAAAGCCAUGAUUUUUUUUUUUUUGGUUUCUUUUGUGAUGAACAAGUUAAUCAUUCUAAUUUAAGAGGGUUAUGUUAUUCAUUGAAUCAGAUGAGCCCCCUCUUGGUUUUGUCCCCUUGGGAGCUUUCUAAU